GCUAAUGUUUAGAAGGGAAACAGGAUGCAGAGACCAGUGUCCACUCUGCGACUGAGUCCACAGGUCAAAGUCAAAAUCCUCAACGCAGGGUUUCAGAUGCUGGAUGACGUCAUGCAAGUCAGCGCACUCGAGCUUAGUCGAGAGGCAGGUCUGAGCCAAGAGGAGGCGCUGGAGGUGCUUAAGGCCGUGAGGCGGGAGGGAGGAGCUGAUGGAGAAGGAGCAGCAGCAGAUGGAGCUUCUUUGACCGCACUGGAUCUUCUGCAGAAGGAAGAAGAGCAAAACCGCAUCGUGACGUUCUCCUCACGGCUGGAUGCUGCGCUCGGAGGAGGACUUCCUGUCGGGAAAACCACAGAGAUCUGUGGAGCGCCGGGAGUGGGAAAAACACAACUUUGUCUGCAGCUGGCCGUGGAUGUUCAGGUGCCCCCUUGUUUUGGCGGACUAGGGGGUCAGGUGGUCUUCAUUGACACAGAGGGAAGCUUCAUGGUUCAAAGAGUGGUGGACCUUGCUGCCGCCACCGUCCGCCAUUGCACCUUGCUGGCUGAAGGAGCCGAGCAACGAGAUGCCGCCUCCACCUUCACCGUGGAAACGAUCCUGUCCAACAUCUACCUGGUGCGUUGCCAUGAUUACGUGGAGCUCCUGGCCGAGAUCUACCUUCUACCCGACUUCCUGUCUAGUCACCCGAAGGUCCGCCUCCUAGUGAUUGACAGCGUGGCCUUUCCCUUUCGUCAGCACUUUGACGAGCUGCAGAGUCAGCGAACCCGCCUGCUCAAUGGCCUGGCCCAGCAGCUCAUCUCCAUGGCAACCAAGCACGAUUUGGCGGUGGUCCUGAGCAACCAGAUGACCACACGGCUGCAGGGCGGACAAUCUAAGCUGGUCCCUGCUUUGGGGGAGAGCUGGGGUCACGCGCCCACCGUGAGGCUCCUCCUGCGGUGGGCAGGUUCACAAAGGCAGGCGACCAUCUUUAAGUCGCCAGAACAUGAGGAAGCCACGGUUAACUACCAAAUCACAAUGGAUGGCUUUAGAGAUGACGACCGAUCGGAGGAGCCGGCAAGUAAACGCCCCCGAACACUGGCAGACCAAUCGGCAGCCUGCUAGAACAAACUUCGAAGCUGCCGUCCUGGGUUCACUUGUAUGAAGACAAUCAGAGUCAAGGGUUUAUUUGUCCAACUACAGUGUUACCUUGAGAAACGAGCAGGGAUGUAAAGCUAUCUCAAUUUCACUGUUUUAUCAUGGUAAUAAACUCAGAGUAGGAUCACAUGGUACA